UCCGUCGGUCGCCAGAUCAAAGACUUCAAAGCAAUCCAUCCUAGACGCGACUGCACCUACCCCACGAACCGGUCCGCGUACGUUGGGUGUGAUCGAUCCGUUUUGCUGCUUUGCUUCUCUGCCCAAAUUAAGUCUUCCCUUACCUACCAUCCUCUCCAUCCCCGCCGGUCCAUCUCCACCUUGCCACAGCAGCCUCUUGCCGUUUCGCCGUUAUAUAUACCACUGCGUCUCCUUGCCCGUUCGUCGCGUCCCAUUCAGCCAUUGUCUCUGCUUCCCCCAGCUGGCCCUGCUGUUGCUGGUGUUGAGCUGUGCAAGCAAGCGCGUUUAAUCGUCGAUCGAGAUGGCCGGCGGUGUGGUGGAGGAGCUGGUGAAGAAAGCCGGCGGCUGCGCGGUGAUCGACGGCGGCUUCGCCACGCAGCUGGAGGCGCUCGGCGCCGACAUCAACGACCCGCUCUGGAGCGCCGCCUGCCUCAUCACCAAGCCCAACCUCAUCAAGGAGGUUCAUCUGCAGUAUCUUGAGGCUGGUGCCGACGUCAUCAUUUCCUCGUCCUACCAGGCAACUAUCCCAGGCUUCUUGGCCAGAGGAUUACUCAUCGAGGAGGCAGAAGGAUUACUGAGGACGAGCGUCCAUCUGGCCCUGGAGGCGCGAGACGAGUUCUGGAAGUCGACGCUGAGGAAGUCCAAGCCCGUCUACAACCGUGCCCUCGUCGCCGCGUCAGUUGGGAGCUACGGGGCAUACCUGGCUGAUGGUUCAGAGUACAGUGGAUCUUAUGGAGACGACAUCACGGUAGAGAAACUCAAGGACUUCCAUAGGCGCCGGCUGCAGGUGCUCGCGAGUGCCAGGCCUGACCUGAUCGCGUUCGAGGCCAUUCCCAACAAAAUGGAGGCUCAGGCUCUAGUUGAGCUGCUGGAGGAGGAGGAUAUCCAAGUCCCUUCUUGGAUCUGCUUCAGCUCUGUGGACGGCAAACACCUCUGCUCGGGUGAGAGCUUCGAAGACUGCCUCCGGAUCAUAAACGCUAGCGAGAAGGUCGCCAUCGUGGGAGUGAACUGCACACCGCCCCAGUUCGUCGAGGGGAUCAUUCGCGCGUUCAAGAAGCAAACUGAGAAGGCAAUCGCGGUCUACCCGAACAGCGGCGAGGUCUGGGACGGGAGAGCCAAGAGGUGGCUGCCGGUCGAGUGCUUCGGUCGCAAGAGCUUCGACGUGAUGGCAAGGAGGUGGCAGGAGGCCGGCGCCAGCCUCAUCGGAGGAUGCUGCCGGACGACGCCGGCCACCAUCCGGGCUGUCUCCAAGGCCCUCAAGGGCAGGACCGGGCAUUGAUUGAUCCAUCGCUUCUGAGUUCGGAAUCGAGAUAUCAACUAAUGUACUACCAUGUAGUUUGUUCGAGCUUGUAAUAGCGGCCUCUUUCCAAUCGCGUCGUAUGAGGGUGUUGUCUUGCGGUGUAGAAUGUUCAAUGGUUUGUACUGCUGACGUGCACCAAUCCAAUUUGGGCACUUGUUAUCCAGUCAUGGGUUGGGGUAUAGAUUGUAGUAGAGGGAGAUAAAGGUUCGGAUGUCAGGUUAUUUACCAAAAUGAACCUACCAGAAAUUUCCAAGUUA